UUGAAUUACAAAUGUACUGAAUUACAUUUAGUUUAGUAACUUUUUGAAAAAUAUAAAUGUUGCUACACUUUUUUACGUUAGUUUCAUUUUUGGGUUCUCUGCCCACCUAAGGUUCUAAAAAACGGAACGUUUUAAAAUCACACUAAGGUGCUGCUCCACAUGCAGCCUGCCGGGGGCGCUGUGCUGGCUGGCUGAGCAGGUGUGAAGGAGGAGGAGGAGCAGCUGGAAUGCUGCAGCUGGAAUGCUGCAGCUGGAAUGCCGCAGCAGGUCGACACAAGCCUCGCUGCAGGAUGUUCCUGACAGAAACCAUGAGAGGAUACCGCGGCGUCAAGUACACCUUGUUCUUCUUCUGCUACUGUUUCUGGGUAAGUCCGAGCCGGUCCGGUCCGGUCCAGAUGUCAGCUGGAAGGAGGAAGUAGUUUUGUUUUUCCUGUAUGUCAGUGAGGCGACAGGAAGUCAGGAUGGAGAGAGAUGUGGAGCAGUUCUGGUCACCGGGUCGGGACCAGAACCCGUGACGGCCGGUCAGAGGACUGAAAGUUCUAGGUCACAAACUGAUGGAUUAACGGGAGAACAGCUGCUGGAGGUCGUCAGUGCCGUCCUGAUCGCCGUCGGGAUCUACGCCAAGGUCGCCAAGGAGAAAGAUGUAGUCGACACUCUGACUGUGGAUCCAGCACUGCUGCUGAUUGUCGUCGGAUUGUUGAUGUUCCUCAUCACCUUCCUGGGAUGUUUCGGAGCGCUGCGGAACGCCACCUGCCUGCUGAAGACGUUCCUGUCCAUCCUGGCUGUGGUUCUGGUCCUGCAGGUCGCUGCUGGAGCUGUGACUUACGUUUUUACCGACUUGGUGAUGGAGAGGACGGAGACGCUGAUGAUGAAGGGCGUCGUCCGCUACAGGGAGGAUCAGGACUUGGAGAACGCCGUCGACUUUGUGCAGAAGAAGUUCCAGUGCUGCGGCGUGGAAAACUACAAGGACUGGUCCCGGAACGUCUACUUCGAGUGUUCUGAGAGCAACCCCAGCCUGGAAGUCUGCGGCGUUCCCUUCUCCUGCUGCAUCCACCUGCAGAACCAGACGGUGCUGAACACCAUGUGUGGUUACGGCAUGCAGCAGCAGCAGGAAGCGGCGGCCCGGCAGCACAUCUUCACGGCCGGCUGCCUGCAGCGGAUCGUCCUGUGGGCCCAGAAGAACCUGCUGCUGGUGGCCGGGCUGACGGCCGGUCUGCUGCUGCUGGAGGUGUGCAUGAUGGGUCUGGCCGCAGCGCAGGCGGCCUGGAUCCACCGGGUCCGACGGAGGCAGAAGGUCAGUGAAGGUCGCCAGGCAGAGGAGAGGAAGGAGAGGCUCUGGUUUCCCGCCUUCGCUGACUUCACUGAGGAAUGAUGAUGAUGAUGAUCAGCUUCGUCUCUGCAGGCUGGACUCAGCAGAACCAAACAGAACCAGGUUCUGAGGUUCCUUCUCAUCUCAGAGCUUCAGGACUUUAAAGUGUGACCUUUGACCUGUCGGGGUUCCGGUCUUCUUCAGGCCGCUUCCUCUCUAAUCCCACCUGUUCUGCUAUAAUCUGAGGCGGAUUAGCAGCAGGAUCACCUGCGGCGGCAGCAUGUUGCUGCGGGAGGCGGCCGUCACACGCCUUAUUGGAUUCAUGACCUCAGGGUCGACCGGCGCGCGCGCGUGUGUAGUCAGGAUGCAUGAUGGGAAACCUCGUGUCUCAUUGAUCCUGUAUUUUAUACGAGCCCAUCGCCAUGGAAACGGUUUAUGUAUGAAUACUUGUGGCCUUCUGCUGGAGUUUAUCAGAGAAACCAACCAAAAAAUAAUACAUGGUUCAAAUCUGAAAAGUGUGGUGUGUCCCCAUAAACACUCAGGGCAGUUCUGGUUCUGAAAAUAUAUUAAAUUGUU